GCAGCUACAGCUGUCAUUGACGUCGCAGAGAGCGUUAGCGUUGGCAGCAACCGAGGCGGCGGCGUUGUGGUGCUUGGGCCGAUUCGAUUUAGCUGGUUGGUUAGGAGCGAAAUUUUUUCGAUGUCAAACGUCAGUCAUGGAGUUCCAGUCGUCGGGUCAAUUUGGAACGCGAACUAUAGCGCGCGCGUAUUUUCAAUGUCUCACAUUUUGAGAAGCAGAAAUACAAAGCUGUUGUAAUUCGCAGUGUAUAAAAUUAUGUGUAAAAAAAAUUCCAGAAAUAUUUACGAGAAUUUUGCGUUUGAAAGAAAAUAAAAUUUGAAAAAUUUUGUGUAGCGAAAAUUUGGUGCGAAUUGAAAAAAAAAAUUGUGUUCAAAUUGUUGGUAGGCACAAGGUGAAACACAAAACCAAAUUCUGCAGCUUUGUUUUCGAAAUAAAGCAGCUGCAAAAAUAGAAGAAAAAAGGAACGGAAAAACGAAAAACAAAUACAACCAAACGAAAUAACAACACAAACAAAGUUUUCUUUUUUGUUUUUUUUUUUUGAAAGCCAAGCCGCGUCCUGCGUCGCAGAACUAGCUCUGCGUUUGCGUGCGUAUAUACGUCUUUCUCCCCGCUCCACCUACGUAGCCGUAGCUCACGCUAGCGUCGUAACCGUAACCUCCAUCGUCAUUGAGAUCCGUCGCGCCCGCGUUUGCCACCACAGGGACCGUGUGUGUAGAUUUUUGUGACGCGUCACCGCGUGUGUGUGUAGCGCCUAUGUUCCGGUAGUCAAGCUCUUGCUAAGCGACCGACGUGCUGCCACCCCGAUUAAUCUCUAGACGCUAGCGCAAAAAAUACAAUUUAUUUGUGAAACGCAAUCCGAUGACAAAUCUGUACAUACUUAUUUACACCCAAACCUAUACGACGAAAGCAAGAAGCUAGAGAAAACAUGCAAAAACAUGUAUUCCAAUAAAUUGCAUAUUUCAAAUAAAAGAAUUUGUUCAAUGAAACGCCAGUAAAAUGGAGGAAAUUUUGAAUGGAUAAAAUAUGCAAAACUAAAAGGUGAAAAGUGCUAAAUAAAAUGCUGAGUUGAAAAGUAAAGUUGAAAAUGAUAAAGUGCUAUGUGUACUAUGGUACUAUGAACAAUGAAUGAAUGAAUGAAAUUUCGAAUUCAUUGUGAAGUGAAAUACAGAAAAUGUAAUCGUGUGUGCUUACAUACUUAAUUACAUAUAUACAUAUGUGCAUAUAUGGCAUAGGCAUUCCAUUUGUGCGCGCUUAAAAUCUCUCCUCAUCACUCAUACGCCCUGACGCAUCCAGCUGUGGCCUCCCUGUGACUUAUUUCUUCGCUAGCAGAGAGCAAAUAUCAAGCGAGUAAAGCAGCAGCUGGGCAGCUAACAAAUACCAUAAGUCGACAUCGCCGACAUUAACCAAAGUCCGAAAGCCCUCCCCCUCCCCCGAACCAAUGACAGCGCUGUCUCUUAGCCAACAGCGCUGAAUCCAAUUGACAAAUGUUACAUACAGACAAGAAUUACUUUCUUUAUAUGCCCUUUAAGCCGCACAAUAAACAAUGAACAGGCAAAAAAGAAAGCCUGAGUUAAAGAGUGAAUGAGUUAUGUCGAAAGUGAACGUAAAGAAAAAUUAGCAAAGGAAAGAAAACAUUUGAAGCGAAAAAGAAAAUAAAUCGAUUCAAAACCAAAAUAAAUAAAAUUCGCUAAAAUAAAUAAAUGCGAAAAAGUGCUAAAGAGCUAAAGUGUUAAAAGCCAAUACCGAAUAGAAAACACAUAUACCAAACUACGUAACCAAUAUGCCAGCGUGAAGCGCAAGUUUAGCAUUCUGUUCGAUUUAAAGUACGUAAAGCAACUAGCAAAUUCCGCCGCCAGCAGCUGCCUUCUUCAAAAUAUAAAUACAGAAACAAAAACAAACAAAAAAAAAAAAAAUACAAAACAAAAAAAAAAAACAGACACAACGAAAUCUUUCUAUCUUUCACCAUUACUUGCCGCUCCAAUUCACGUUUAAAAUAAAGGUAUAAACAACAACAAGAGCAAGAGAAAGAAAAAAGUUAGUAGAAACAAAGUAAGCGAGCAACGAAAAAGUUUUUCAACUGUUCCAAAGUUUCAGCAUACGUUUCAACGUUUUACGAAAAGAUAUGACAUGUGAUGGUGUUGUAACAUUUUGGAUAUUUUUACUACUUUCAUUGAUUUUACACAACGCCGAUUUGACGAACGGCGGUCGCCCCGAUGAACUGCAUAUAGGCGGCAUAUUUCCCAUAGCCGGCACAGGAGGAUGGCAGGGUGGACAGGCGUGUAUGCCAGCAGCAAGACUGGCAUUGGAUGAUGUCAACAAGGAACCGAAUUUGUUGCCGGGCUUCAAGCUCAUACUGCACAGCAACGACAGUGAGUGUGAGCCCGGUUUGGGCGCGAGCGUUAUGUACAAUCUACUCUACAAUAAACCACAAAAAUUAAUGUUACUAGCUGGCUGCAGUACCGUCUGUACCACCGUUGCUGAGGCGGCGAAAAUGUGGAAUUUAAUAGUGCUCUGCUACGGUGCCUCCAGUCCGGCGCUCUCGGAUCGCAGUCGCUUUCCAACGCUAUUUCGUACACAUCCCUCCGCUACGGUACACAAUCCGACACGUAUAAAAUUAAUGAAAAAAUUCGGUUGGUCACGUGUGGCCAUAUUGCAGCAAGCCGAAGAGGUCUUCAUAUCGACCGUUGAAGAUCUCGAAAAUCGUUGCAUGGAGGCUGGCGUCGAAAUCGUCACAAGACAAUCAUUUCUAUCCGAUCCAACAGAUGCGGUACGCAACCUACGCCGACAAGAUGCACGCAUCAUAGUCGGUCUCUUCUAUGUGGUGGCGGCGAGGCGUGUACUUUGUGAAAUGUAUAAACAGCAGUUGUAUGGGCGUGCGCAUGUGUGGUUUUUUAUAGGCUGGUACGAGGACAAUUGGUACGAAGUGAACUUGGAAAAUGAGGGCAUUACAUGCACCAAGGAGCAAAUGCGCAUCGCCGCCGAAGGACAUCUUACAACGGAAGCGCUUAUGUGGAAUCAGAACAAUCAAACGACAAUUUCCGGCAUGACAGCUGAGGAAUUUCGGCAACGACUGAAUCAUGCACUCAUCGAAGAAGGUUACGACAUCAAUCACGAUCGCUAUCCGGAGGGCUAUCAGGAGGCGCCGCUGGCCUACGACGCUGUCUGGAGUGUGGCACUAGCAUUCAAUAAGACAAUGGAACGCCUGAAGCAACGACAGAAAUCGUUACGCGAUUUCACCUAUACGGACAAGGAAAUUGCCGAUGAAAUUUAUGCAGCCAUGAAUUCUACACAAUUCCUUGGCAUAUCGGGUGUCGUUGCCUUCAGCUCGCAAGGCGAUCGUAUUGCCUUAACACAAAUCGAACAAAUGGCGAAUGGAAAAUAUGAAAAAUUGGGUUAUUACGACACACAAUUGGAUAAUUUAACCUGGUUAAAUAUGGAACAAUGGAGUGGAGGAAAGGUACCUCAGGAUCGCACAAUUGUACGACGCGUCUUACGCAAUGUAUCGCUGCCAUUAUUUGUCUGUAUGUGUACAAUUUCAAGUUGUGGUAUAUUAGUAGCCUUAGCACUUAUUGUAUUCAACAUAUGGAAUAAGCAUAGAAGAGUAAUACAAUCAUCGCAUCCUGUAUGUAAUACCAUAAUGCUAUUUGGUGUCAUCACUUGUCUCGUAUCAGUCAUACUCUUGGGUAUGGACGGGCGAUUUGUGAGUCCUGAGGAGUACCCAAAGAAAAAAGUGGAACCAUGGAAACUUUACACCAUGGUCUCCGGCCUGUUGUCUGUAGAUUUAGUUAUACUACUCGCUUGGCAGAUUUUUGAUCCGCUACAGCGUAUACUUGAAACAUUCCCACUCGAAGAUCCCGUAUUGACAUCCGAUGAUAUUAAAAUACGUCCAGAAUUGGAGCACUGUGAAAGUCGACACAAUUCAAUGUGGCUGGGCCUCGUUUACGGCUUCAAGGGUCUAAUACUCGUAUUUGGUCUCUUUCUUGCCUAUGAAACACGUUCGAUUAAGGUGAAACAAAUUAACGAUUCCCGUUAUGUGGGCAUGAGCAUUUACAAUGUUGUUGUGCUGUGUUUAAUCACAGCACCGGUGGGCAUGGUCAUCGCAUCGCAACAGGAUGCCUCAUACGCGUUUGUUGCAUUAGCUGUGAUAUUCUGCUGUUUCCUAAGUAUGCUGCUGAUAUUUGUGCCAAAGGUCAUUGAGGUGAUACGACAUCCUAAGGAUAAAGCCGAAUCAAAGUACAAUCCCGACUCGGCUAUCUCGAAAGAGGAUGAGGAGCGCUAUCAGAAAAUGGUAACCGAAAACGAAGAAUUGCAACGACUGAUAUCACAGAAGGAGGAGAAAAUCCGCAUUCUGAAACAACGCCUCGUCGAGUGGGAGGCUACGCACAAGGGUGGCGAACUGAACGGCGCCAACAGCACCACCAAUGGCAUAUCCUUGGCGAUGGCCACACACCAGCCGUUGGCGAGCGUCAAUUCUUUGCCCGGCGGUGGUAUGGCUGCCGCGGGUUCGGGUUCGGGUUCCACUAACAAUUCACUCAAUCUACAGGCAACGACGUCCUCCUCACAACAUAACACACCUGCCGCCACAUUAGCGAUAACACAAGGUAAUUGCCAAGCGAAAUCUAUUGUUCAUAAUAGCAAUCAGUUUAGCGAAAACCAACUCAGUAACAGUAACAACAACAACACCAACAUAAUUAAAUGUGGCAACAACAACAACACCAACAACAACAACAACAAUAAAUGUAAUAAAAUACAGCUGAUGCUAAACUCAACAUCAUCCACCGAAUUGGCUUUAUUUGCUUUCAAAAUGACUGCCAUUAAACGAGACUCGUUGGUUUUGCUAAAAGUUGCUGAGCGUCGCAAAAACUCAUCGCCGCUGUCCGAAUUCGACAGUGCCAUUGGCAUGCGUGGUGGCGGUGAUUACUCGCAGCUGACGCGAUCAUCACGCGGACCCAGUCAGUCAUCAGCAUUGGAAUUCUCCGAUAAUUACCUUUGAGUACUGGCGGUGUUAGCUGAUCAGGUGUUGUACAAAAAAAGGGGGCGGGUUGCGUGCGUGAAAUUUCGGUACGAAUACUUUUGGUAGCAAAGCACAAGCCGUGUACAUACCAAUUUCAUGAGAAGCUUUUUUUAUUGUUGGUUUGAUGGCGUUUUCGGCGCAAUUUUUAGUGCAUUUUCCUUUGAAAUCUGGUGUAAAAAGUUAUUCUCUUUCUCAGAUAUAUUUAGUGCCCUUUUGUAUUUUU